GAUUAUACACUUCAAUAUAUUUUCUAUCAAUCACAUUUAAUAAUUUUCUGAAUAGUGUAUUUACUUUAACUAUAAUGAGACUACAUAUUACCAAUUCACUGAUUUAUCUUAACGUUUUAAUCAUACUUCACGAGGUCUGCGAUGGACAAGUUGAAGACAAUAUCAAGAAAUACCAACACUAAGAAGAAAACCAUGGUUGUUAAACCACGAAUAUUCCCCACAUCUUCCAGAUAACCAUUUCAUACAACGUUGGAGGGUACAAGACCACACGUUAGGUUUCCUAUGCGGUAGACUAUUCAAAUUAAGUCUACAUAGUCAAAAGUAGUUUUAAUGAAUGCAGUAGCAUAGUCUCGGGUAGGAAGAGGUGGCGGAACAUCGCAAGGGAAAUCAAAUUUGCCGCUCCAAUCGAAUAUGACGACCACGAUCACUCUGUCACGAAUGUAGCGACUGAGAGGACCGAGAAGAAGAAUCGUAUGCUGGAGCCUUUUUAGACGGCGAUAAAAGUCUGAAAAUUAUACGGGAGAAACUGGUGCCCUACAGGUGACGAUUAGAUUUUGAGAACCGACGUAAAGAAAGAAAAGUCAUAUUCUCCUGCUUCAUAUAAGGAAGUCCAAAUGUUUUUUUUUUUAUUGCUUAGAUGGGUGGACGAGCUCAUAGCUCACCUGGUGUUAAGUGGGUACCGGAACCCAUAGACAUCUACAACGUAAAUGCGCUACCCACCUUGAGAUAUAAGUUCUAAGGUAUCAAGUAUAGUCACAACGGCUGGCCCACCCUUCAAACCGAAACGCAUUACUGCUUCACGGUAGAAAUAGGCAGGGUGGCGGUACCUACCUGCGCGGACUCACAAGAGGUCCUACCACCAGUAAAAAUGGUGUUCAUAUGUUUCAUAUUAAUCAGCUUUAUUUCAUUUCAUAAUAUAUUUCAUAAAAAUAUAUAUAUAUAAAAGAUAAGACUGUAUGGUGUGAUACCUUUGCCUUUCCAUUUGGAAAGUAAAACUACUACUACCUACUAGUUUUUCCCACCACUAAAACGGUUACGAACUUUCAUUUCAAAUUUAAAAUUUUUAAACGGAACUUAAACUUAAUUGAAUUGAUUGUGAAACUUGAGUGAUUUUUGUGGUAUUACGAUUACCUUUACAAAGACAAUUAAUUUUGACCACUAAUUGUCUUAUAAAUUAUAUUUGAAUAAUUGAUUUCUAAUUCUUUUACAUCGACAUUCGUAUCAGUUUCGUAAUUAUUUUUUAUUUGUGAAAGAAAAGCAGUCUCCUUGUGUUGCUUAGAUUUUUAUAAAGUUUAAUAAUCGUGAAUCCUCUACGCUAGAUACUAAGAUGAGCACAUUCGAAGACGACUGGAAUUUCCAGAUAAAUAUUGAAGACAUUGAAAAGAAGAAUUUUGAAGAGUUCGAGAAAAGCCUACGUUAUAUAAAUGACCAUGUUUUCAAACUGUUAGAAGAAACAUUCAAAACUCAGCGUCUUGAUUAUAAUUGUGGUACUGGCCGCAGUCACGACGAAGAACUUAAAUUACUUAUUGAUAAGAACAAACAAUUACGACAAGAAGUUGAUAACAAAACUAAUGAGAUUUUAAUUCUUCAAACUAAAUAUGAGAACUAUAAAAAAGAUCAAAAACUGUUAUCACAAGAAGUCAAAGAAACUCAUGAAGCCUAUUUGCUAACUAAGAAAUUUUACAAAAAAAAAUUAAAGAUGUAUUAUGCUAUUGAGUCAAGGGAAGCUGAAAAAGAAACAAUAUUUAUUCAGUUUUUUACUGAGUGUAAAAAAGAUCCAGAAAACUAUUCUGUAAGACUUUUAAGGAACACUAAACUAAGACAUUAUCAAAUAUUGCAGAUAUCACCUAAAAUUAAAAUUGAAAAAGAACUUAAACAAAAAAUUUACAUCCCAGAUGACGUAUCUGCAUUAUUAUGUUGUAUAAGACAGGAAUUUCUCAACAUUAAACAAAAUAAAGUAUAAGAAGAAUCGAAAAAGGUCAUUAAAUACAGUGAAGUUGGGUAACUUUGAACACUUUUUGCAGAUUUUUAAGUACACUGAAAUAUUAAUGUAUUGGUUGCACUAUUUUAUAGUGUGGUAAGUGCUCUUUCAUUCCCGAAAUUUUAAUUAUCUAACCAAUAUAAUGUAUUAAUACAGAAAAGGCUAUGAAAAGAAAUAGAGGUUUUAGUGGCCAUUCAAAGUUACAAUGACUUUUGGAUAAUUUUGAUUUGAGUUAUCUGGAACAAUGAAAAUCCUCUAUAAUUCACUAAUUAUUUGAUUUGGGUAACAUUAUACUUUUAUUUAGAAUAAAAUAUAUGUAGAGAUGUCAAAAUAAAGUGAGUGUCAAAGACAUAUAUAAUAUUGUUCACUAUUUAUCUAUUAAAUGAGAUCAAUAAAGACUGAUGAGAUCAAAAGUUACAGAUGAGCAAAA